AUGACAAAUAAUAAAAAAGUUUCGAAUUUUGGUAACAAUGACGAAGAAGGGAUACCGCUACUCGAUGAUGAUAAUUUUUUUAAACAAAGUAAAAAUAUUUCUACGGUAUUUGCUGUUGCUUGCAUAAUCGAUCAAUUUGGUGUUAAUCCGAUAAUUGCAUUACCUAAAGAAAUAAUACUCUGCGGUUGGAUCGGAUAUCCUUUAGCACUUUUUGUUUUAUUAUUAACCAUUUACACGGGUAUGCUUUUGGGUAGAUGUUGGAUAAUUGCCGAACACCUCGAUAAAAAAAUGAUAUUAAAAAACAGGUACGCAUAUUCGGCACUUACAGAAAUGGCAUGGGGUAAAACAAUUGGAAAAUUCAUUAACGUUUUCAUUAAUUUAUCCGUGUUUAGUAAUAACAUACCCGCUCUUCUCAUCGCGUCGCAAAAUCUACAAUUUUUCGAUGCCAAAAUAUCAAACAACGUUUUUAAUUUCUCUUAUUGUUAUUGGCUCAUCAUACUCGGUGUGGCAUUAUGCCCGUUGACAUGGCUAGGAAGUCCAAAAGAUACAAAAUGGAUUUCCGUUUUUUCAUCAUUUUUUGUCAUCGUUUGCGCUUUUCUCACAUGGUUUUGCAUGUUGUCGGAUGAUGAUACGAAAAUUACUCCCCACGAUCUCUUCCAUUUUCAUCUUGGCACGGAGUAUCCGUUACUUUUGGUAUAUUAA